CUCUCUGUGUAAAAGGAAGCAGGAAGAAAGCGAGAGGAGGAAGCAAGCUGGGCCAACCUUUGGUUUUAUUUUCCCAUCGCUUCCCCAGUCAAUUGUGUCUCUCUUCCGAUGCUUGGUUUUUUCUAAGUUAAUUGUUGCAGGCUUCCGCCUCUGCGCCAGCAUCUUGUCUUGAAGAACACAGUGCAUGCAUGCAUGCCUCCUUCUGGCUUCCACCUCUUUGAGGUUAGCUGCUCUCCGCCUCCACGAUCCAGGCCACGCUUUGUCUCCCACGCAGCCCUACGGUCCAGUGGUUGUUGGCACCUUCUUUAUUUAAUGUCUGAGUAAUGCCAGUUGUCUGGAGCUCACCUACGGCAAAGUCUGUGCGGCUCUGGCUCUGCCACACAAGAGAUCUCUCUCUUCUCCUUGCUUUCUGGAGCCACAGUUCUCUCUCUCAGCCGACCCAGAUUUUGUUCCCAGUGCCGCACGGCCAGAAGAAAGAGGUAUCAGCUUGCAGAGAUAUACCUCCAAGGAACAGCGGAAUUGCAAUGGAGAAAAUGCAAAGAUUUAGGUUUUCCAAAAGACCAGACCAAAUGCAUCUGAGGACAUAGACUGAAGUCUACGAAAGCGCAUGCAGCCAACUUCUUUCUUCUGGUUUGUCUCAAAGGUUUGUGGCCAUCUGCUGCCUGUGUGAUCCGCUGCCAUGGCUGACACCAUUUUUGGCAAUGGGAAUGACCAGUGGGUUUGUCCAAACGACAGGCAACUAGCCCUCCGAGCAAAGCUUCAAACCGGUUGGUCGGUGCACACUUUCCAAACCGACCGACAGAGGAGGACGCAGGCGCUGAACCCGAAGGAGAUGGAGGUUAUUUUGGAGGUCAUCCAUAGGGCUGAGAAACUGGACAUCGUGGAGCAGCAAAGAAUAGGGCGGCUGGUGGAACGGCUGGAGAACAUGCGGAAGAACGUGAUGGGCAACGGAUUGUCCCAGUGCUUGCUCUGCGGGGAGGCCCUGGGUCUGCUGGGCAGCACCGCUGUCUUCUGCCAAGACUGCAAAAAGAAAGUUUGCACCAAAUGCGGCAUUGAAACCCUGAGCGCCCAGAAAAGGCCUGUCUGGUUUUGUAAGAUCUGCAGCGAGCAACGAGAGGUUUGGAAGCGAUCUGGCGCCUGGUUUUACAAAGGUCUCCCUAAGUACAUCUUGCCUUUGAAAAAUAGCUGUGGCAGCAAAGCCGGAGAGCUACAUCCGAGGCCUCGCCAUCCGGAGAUGCCCACAUUGGAGGUCAAGGGCGUCUCGACAAACCGUACUUAUACCUGGGCAAGGGGCAAAGUGGUCUCCAGCGACAGCGAGAGUGACUCAGAGUUCAGCUCCUCAAGCCUGGAUGACCGGUCCCUGUCCGCUCGGCCGAAAGGGUUCAAGAUCAGGAAACACCAAAUGGAGUCAAUCUCCAGCAGCGAAGCCGCCCGUAUUCCCAGCAAGAGCACCAGUCACACCUUGGGGAGCAUUUUGUCGGAGAGCCAGAGCAGCCUGGGCAGUGAGCGAGGAGGUGGGCUGAGCGCUACGGAGAGCUGCCACAGCGACCUGCCAGCCGAGGACGAGGACAGUGAUGCCCACCGCAGCGUUGCUGGGAAAAGACGUCUCCGGACAAGCCACCGGUGCUGACGGGAACCAGAAUUUGGGGUUUUUACGAUGUGUGCCAUUUUCUCACCAACUCAUUGCAUGGACCUCGACUCAAAGACUUUGGAGGAGAUGCCAGCACACAUCAUGGCCUUAAAAGAGCCACCCUUGCCAGGGCGGAGAUGAAGACAUCACCACGGAUUCCCCUUUAUUUUUGCAUCUUGCUUGCUUUGCCACCAGACCAAAGAAUUCAAGCUGCUGUGGAUUGGGGGCUGGCAGAAGUAUGAGUGGUAUUAUAGGGAUGAAAGAAUCAAGGAACCAGUGACUGUGAUGUGGCCAACUUGUUUCCAACAAGGCCACUUGUUCUCUACCAUUUUGCUCUGAGCAAACCUGGGUGAUGCUGGAGAUUCCUGGAACCAUUGCGUACACCUUGAGGCGUUCAAGUCGACCUUGGUCUUUAACACGAAUUGUGUGCACUGAGAAGAAAAGAAAAGCCAUGCUGUUACCUUUCGGUGCGGUCCUGGGAAGAGUGUUGUCAUUCGAGAGGAGCAGUAAUGCCUGCAGCAUGCAUCCUUGGUUUGUACGAUUGCUAGGAUAUUGUAAUAAGAGGUGUACCCUCCUUAUGUGAGAUGCCACAAAUAGGCAUCUCAGGAGCAGAUCUGUCCGACUAACCACCUUUAAGCUGAGCAACUUUGAGGUCGGUGGAGGAAAAACUAUGGUUAUACACACGAAACUCGCCUGGUGUCACUCUCUGCAUCCCACGCCCAGCCAAUGUGAACCUUCUCCACCGACAGGGUUGGAAACUGGAAGCCCCGGUGCCAAAUCUUGCCCACUUCCCAAAGAAUUCCAGUCUGCUGUUCCUACGUCAAGCCAGAAUGAUGCUGGGGAACAAACCAUUGGACAGGCUUAGUGGUGAUCCAUUUUUGGGGUCAGGUGAAGGAAAGAAAGACAACUAUUAUCCCUACUCCUACUCCUCCAAGCAACUCUCCUAAACAAAGAAAUGGCGGAGUAGGAUUAUCAUACAAUCGUCACGAUGCCAUCUUUGAGGCGGGAGAGUGGGAUGACGCUUUUCAGGGAAAUUGCCCUCUCCGACUCUACAGACGUCUCUGUUAUUUUCUAAGCGCUCUUUUCCACUACACAAUUCUAGUGCUACUGUUCGCUUUUAAUUGCUGCGGAUUCAUCCUCUGGAAUCCUGGGAUUUACAGUUUAGGAAGGAGUGUUUUGACUUCUUGGCCAGAGCGCUCCAGUACAAAUCCUAGGGUUUUGUAGGAUCCAGGCAUGGCAAUUAAAGUGGGAUCAUGGUGCUAUACUUACAUAGGAUGAGAAGGUCCCUAGUCUCCCUAUGUUACAAAGAGCGUGUUGUGUUAUGUUAUGUGAGAGGCUGGCUGUAUGUUUAAUUUAUUGUGUCGCUUGUUGUGUAGUCUUGCUGUCUUAGUACCUUCUCAUGGAAGGCCUCUUGCUUGUGAUCUCUUACCCCUCAGUGGACCGUGUUGUUUUUUUUCCAUGUGCAGCUCUGGGAAUAAUAACGAUAAUAAAAAACCUUGCACACUUUCCUUC